AGAGAGCACAACACAACGGUGUGUAGGUAGGUGAAAAUAGAGUUCAGAGAGAGAACGAACGAACGACCGACCGAACAAAGAGAGCUAACAAUGGAUUCAGAUUUUGGGAUAGCGAGAGAAUUGUCCGAUCUCCAAAAGCUUCGAUCUCAGUACCAACCAGAGCUCCCCCCUUGUCUUCAGGGGACUACUGUCCGUGUAGAAUUUGGUGAUGCAACCACUGCUGCAGACUCCUUUGGUGCCCACACCAUAAGCCGGUCUUUUCCACACACUUACGGUCAGCCUUUAGCACACUUUCUUAGGGCAACUGCCAAAGUCCCUGAUGCCCAGAUAAUUACUGAGCAUCCAGCAAUUAGGGUUGGUGUGGUUUUUUGUGGUAGACAAUCUCCCGGAGGACAUAAUGUCAUAUGGGGUCUUCACAAUGCUCUCAAGAUUCACAACCCUAACAGUUCUUUGCUUGGAUUUUUGGGUGGUUCUGAAGGCUUAUUUGCACAAAAGACCCUUGAGAUCACUGAUGACAUUCUUGCAACCUACAAAAAUCAAGGUGGUUAUGAUUUGCUGGGAAGAACAAAAGAUCAAAUAAGAACAACUGAGCAAGUCAAUGCUGCGCUCAACACAUGCAGAGAUUUGAAGUUGGAUGGCCUUGUCAUUGUCGGAGGGGUGACAUCAAACACAGACGCUGCUCAGCUUGCUGAAACUUUUGCAGAAGCAAAAUGGCCAACUAAGGUGGUUGGGAUUCCUGUUACUUUGAAUGGAGAUCUGAAAAACCAAUUUGUUGAAACAAAUGUGGGUUUUGAUACCAUAUGUAAGGUUAAUUCUCAGCUCAUCAGCAAUGUCUGCACAGAUGCUCUUUCAGCAGAGAAGUAUUAUUAUUUUGUCCGACUCAUGGGACGAAAGGCAUCACAUGUUGCUUUGGAAUGCACUCUCCAGUCACAUCCAAACAUGGUCAUUCUUGGUGAGGAGGUGGCUGCAUCAAAGCUUACUCUUUUUGACCUGACAAAACAGAUUUGUGAUGCAGUACAAGCCCGGGCGGAACAAGAUAAGUACCACGGAGUCAUCCUGCUACCCGAGGGGCUUAUAGAAAGCAUUCCUGAAGUCUAUGCUCUCUUGCAGGAAAUUCAUGGUCUGCUGAGGCAAGGUGUUUCUGUUGAUGGCAUUUCUACGCAAUUGUCACCUUGGGCAUCAGCUUUGUUUGAAUUUUUGCCUCCCUUCAUUAGAAAACAGCUGCUUCUCCAUCCAGAAUCAGAUGACUCUGCUCAGCUAUCCCAGAUUGAGACGGAGAAACUCCUCGCGCAUCUCGUGGAAGCAGAAAUGAACAAGCGAUUGAAAGAAGGAACAUACAAGGGUAAAAAAUUUAAUGCUAUCUGCCACUUCUUUGGCUAUCAAGCUCGGGGGUCUUUACCUUCAAAGUUUGAUUGUGACUACGCAUACGUUCUUGGGCACAUUUGCUACCAUAUUCUGGCAGCUGGGCUGAAUGGUUAUAUGGCUACUGUAACUAACCUGAAAAAUCCUUUGAACAAGUGGCGUUGUGGUGCUGCUCCAAUAACUGCAAUGAUGACUGUGAAGCGUUAUGGUCGUGGUCCUGGGGCCUUACCAAUUGGGAAACCUGCCGUGCAUCCUGCGACCGUCGAUUUGACAGGCAAAGCAUAUGAGUUACUGAGACAAAAUGCAACCAAAUUUUUGAUGGAUGAUGUUUACAGAAACCCAGGGCCCCUUCAGUUUGAUGGUACAGGUGCUGAUGCCAAGGCUGUAACUCUGUGUGUUGAAGACCAGGAUUACAUGGGUCGUAUCAAGGCACUGCAGGAAUAUCUCAACAAGGUGCGGAUGAUUGUGAAACCAGGAUGCUCACAGGAUGUUCUGAAAGCAGCUUUGAGCGCCAUGACUGCUGUGACUGAUAUUCUCUUGACCAUGACCUCACCUUCAAACGGUGGGAACACACCUUAUUAGAAGUAGAAAUAAACUGCUCAUCUUAAGUGGAAAUUUUCUGUUGGCACUGCCUGAAGUAUUGGAAUUCCGAAUGUCUUCUGUUCCUUUUUUAUUUCCGUAAUUUAUGUCCAGAUCUUUUUAGGUGCAGACCAUAUCUGUGAACAUUGAGCUUAGUUUUUUUUUUUUUCCAAUGCGAAAUAAA